AUGAAGAAGCGUAGUACGCGAGGCCUAGCUGCCGGAAGCGCUGGUACGGCCCACACAGCCGCCUCACACAGCAGGACGCAGCCUCGUCAAAACAGCGACGAAUACGAAAUCAGUAGCGACUGUUCACAACAUCCGCCUCAAGAGCGUGUGCCGUCUCCAUCAGCUUGCCAACAACUAGAUGAAACAGUAGCCAGACCGGGCGUUAUCACGCACGUCAUCGACGGUUUGAUCUUCGAAGAAUACACAGAGCCGCCGCCGAGCAGCUUUGUAAUGAGUGUUGAUGAGAACGAACCUCCCGUCUUGGGCCCGCCUUGGUGCCUUGCAUCACCUCCUGCUGCCGCCUUGAGUGUUGGUGAGAACGAACAGAACGAACCUCCCGUCUUGGGCCCGCCUUGGCGCCUUGCAUCACCUCCUGCUGCCGCCUUGAGUGUUAGUGAGAACGAACAGAACGCACCUCCCGUCUUGGGCCCCCCUCGGUGCCUUGCAUCCCCUCCUGCUGCCGCCUUAGACAAGUGUACGUCCCUGCCAACCACUGUCACGAAUGUAGCACCGACCAUGUCAGAGGCACCGGCUGCGGUCGUGAACACCUACCAGGCCCCGAUCGAUUUGUCCCUUGCAUCGGCUGCUGCUGCGGCCUUAGACAAGUGCACGUCCCUGCCAACCACUGUCACGAACGUAGCACCGACCAUGUCACAGGCCCCGGCUGCGUUCGUGAACACCUACGAGGCCCCGAUCGAUUUGUCCCUUGCAUCGGCUGCUGCUGCGGCCUUAGACAAGUGCACGUCCCUGCCAACCACUGUCACGAACGUAGCACCGACCAUGUCACAGGCCCCGGCUGUGGUCGUGAACACCUACCAGGCCCCGAUCGAUUUGUCCCUUGCAUCGGCUGCUGCUGCGGACUUAGACGAGUGCACGUCCCCGCCAACCACUGUCACGAGCGCAGUACCGACGAUGUCACAGGCGCCGACUGCUGUGAUGAACACCUACCAGAGCCCAAACUAUGAUAGGGGCCCUGUCUCCCUCGAAAAACCGGCCAUUGACCAGUUUACGGCACCACUUGAGCAAGCGCGCAAUACGGAGUUCUUCAGGAACAGUCCAAGAGAAUGGACAGUGGAAGAGGUGACUAGCUAUAUAUGGAAUAUUACGGGCUGCGCAGAGUGCGCCGAAAAAUUUCGCACCCAGCAGAUUGAUGGAGAGGCGAUGCUCCUUCUUGAAGAAAAUCACCUUAUGGCAUUCAUGAACAUCAAACUCGGUCCAGCACUCAUUAUAUGUUCCAAGAUAAGAUCACUACAAUAA